AUGAGCAAAGAAGACAAAGAUCGAAUGUGUGAUAAUGAAAUUAUGAAACAAAGUUAUGAACGAAGCAAAAGUCAUAUUAAUUCAAACGACAAUAAUAAUAAAACAACAUUAAAAAGAACUCAGAGCAAAAGAAGCAACAAUCAAGAAGAUUCGGAUUAUUCACCUGAAAUUGCAAGCGAAAACGAUGAAAAUCAAUGGACCUUACAAAGAGGAUCGAAUAGAAGAAGAAUCAAAACACCACGUACAGAGUCAUUUGUACAUGGACGAACAAUAACAUCAUCUACAUAUAGACAUGAUCGAAUAGAGAAUAAAAAUUCAACACGACGAACAUCAAAAUAUGAAGAACGAAAAGAAGAGGAAAGACAAAAAUAUCAACAAGUGUCAAACGUUGACAGCAAUCAACAUGUCUCUACACAAGAAGUUCAACGUGUAACUAGCAAUAAUGAAAAAGAAAAAAUAAGCAAGAUGUAUGAAAAAAGAAAUGACGAAGGUCAUUGGGAAAGCUUGAAAAAUGAACAAAUAUAUGUAUCGCGACAUGCAAUGAAAUUUGCUGUUGAAGAGCGUUUUUCACCAAUAAAAAUUAAGUGUGUUCCACCAUUAAAAUCACAAGAAGAUGCAUCAUUAGUUGUUAAAGAAUUCCUGAUACAAAUGGAACAAGAAUUUAAAAAAUUAAAUCCACGAUAUGCUAAUUCACUCGGAUUUGACCAUUACAUGAUGGAUACGAAUGGUGACUUACUCUGUUUCACGAAAUACAUUGAAUUAUUUAUUUUCAUGUGUAAUAUCAAUAAUUAUCCAGAAAUAAUUAAUAAUAUUAAAAUCGAACCAGUAUUACCUACAAGACUACCAGCUCGAAACGUCUUGAUUUUAAAAUUUAUUGAUAAUAAAAUAAAGAUGGAAGAUGUUGAACGAAUUGUUAAAGAAAAAUUAAAAAGUGUAUACGCAUUAGAAGAAAUGUUAGGUACAAUUACAAAUCAUUCAAGACAUAUUAGAGUUGACUUAUUAUCAAAAGAAGAACAUGAUAAAACAUUAAAUGCUGGUAAAUUUGUUAUUGAUGGUCAUUUAUAUGGCGUCGAUGAAUUUCUACCAUCACCAAGAAUAUUAAUAUGUAAUAAAUGCAAUACACCAGGUCAUAUUAAGAAGAAUUGUAAAGCAACUAUUGAUAUAUGUAGAAGAUGUGGUGAAGACAGAAAUGAUGGGAAUAAUCACUAUACAUGUAAUAUAAAAUGUCACCAUUGUGGAGGUAAUCAUGAAGCGACAAGUUAUACCUGUUCAACAAUAUCCAAAUUCAGACAAAAUUUAUUACAGCAAUUGAAAAAUAAUACUUACUUAUUACCACCUCAUAUGCAAUUCUACAUUCCACAGCAGUUUCGUGACCAAAAGAGUAAGAAAUUCUUGAUUAAUGAAAACAUUGAUAAGAGACAACCAGAAGUGCAUCAACAGAAUAUAUUCAAUAUGAAUAGUGGUGAUCGUGUAGCAUGGCCAUCAUUAACUCCCACUACAAAUGAAGCAGGUAGCACAGGAUCGAUCUGGAGUUCAGAGAUGAAGAAGCUAUAUAAUGAAUUACACAAUCUAAAGAAAGAACAUGAAAAUGAAAUUAAACAAAUGAAAAUGGAAUUUGACAAGCAAACACAAAAAAUGACAGAAGAAUGGCAACUAUUUAAUCUUCAAAUAAAAACACAGUCGGAAGUUAUGUCUGAUAUGUAUUCAAAUAUGAAUGAAAUACUACCUCCAAUACUCGAUUCUAUUAAAAUAAUAAGCGAUGUUAUAUUAAACAUUAAUAAUGAAUCCAUUAAUACCAAAGAGAAGCAUACAAGAGAAUCUUUGGUCAAAUCAGUCAUUACUACGACAAGCACACUCAACGACCAACUGUUAUCAUUAGACAAUCAUCACCAGAAACUCAAAGUCAUCAUGGACAAACAAAACGAGUUGUUAAUAAGAGGUAGCGAUACCGAAAAGACAAUUUUAAAAACAAUUCUCGAGGAAUGGAAUAGUAGAACAUCUUUAUCUAAUAUCUCUAAAAUAUGGCAUAAAAAGCGACCUAUUGUAACGUGUGAUAAUCUUUCUCUCAUUCUAUAUAAUUGUCAAUGUCUAAGUACUCAUAUUGCUGAUCUUGAUAUUCUUUUAUCAACAUAUUUACCUCAAGUUUUUAUAUUAACUGGUGUCGGAUCAAAAAUAAAAGAUUUACCAAAAAUUACUUCUUAUUAUUGGUUAAGUCAAGAGGGAACUAACGCGUAUGGAGGAGUGGCAAUGCUGUUUCAUGAUUCUCUCAAAACCAAAGUGGUAGAAAAACAGAAAAACUUUAUUCUGGUUGAACUUGAAAUACAGCCUAAACCAGUACUAAUCGGUGCUAUCUAUGUUCCACCAAACAAAUCUUUUCCACGACAUCUAUUUGAUAAUAUAAAGAAUAAACCAUUCUAUAUAUUUGGAGACUUUAAUGCGAAGCAUACAGAUUGGCUCUGUACUGAAAAUAAUGCUAGUGGCUCGCAACUCAAGAACUGGCUAGAAGAGACUGGUUGCGAGAUGAUACAUACAGACCAACCGACAUCAAAACGAUCAAAAGCAAUCAUUGAUUUCGGAAUUACUCACAAUGCUAAUGAAUGGAAAGCAGAAACUCUAAAUGAAGGAUCAUCUGACCACUAUCCUGUUUUAAUAAAAUCUCCACUUUCAGCCGGAACAAAAAACUUUUUUCGCAAAACAAACUGGAAAAUCUUUACAUAUUUUUUAACAUGUGUCUAUCCAUAUUUCAACUCACUUGUCUACAACUUCGAACCCGAUGCGUUUUUCGAACUUUUCUCAAAGUUUCUUUCUUCUAUUUGGGAUAGAGCAAGCGAAUACUUACCAGUCAAAAAAUAUAGACCACCUUGGCCAACAUAUCUUGUUCAACUGGCAAGACAACAGAAUGCCGCGAGACGUACAUACAGAAGAUCUAAAACACAAGAAAAAUUAGCCAAUUAUCUUUAUUUUAAAAAGAAAUAUCACGAGGAGAAAUUACUUUACUUGCGAAACAAAAUGGAAGAAAAAUUAGCUUAUAUAUCAACAGGCGACAAUAUAUGGAAAUAUGUACAUCCAACAUUUCAUCCGUUUGCACCACCGUUUAAAGGACUUACAACCGCAUAUGGAUUCAUGAAAGAUCCUCAAGCAAUAGCUGAUACACUUGCCGAACACUAUGAAAAACAUUUUGAACAACCAACAUUUGAUAAGAAGAACGCAGUUCACGUAAAUGCUAUGAAAAUAUACGAGAAAGUAUCUCAACUACCAGAUGUAUCUCUUGGGAAUAUCACGCUACAAGAAGUAAUGAAUACAAUUGAAAAAGCGAAAAAAAAGAAAUCAACGGAUGCUGAGGGACUAUCGGCGUUUCUAUUAAGCAAAUUACCAAGUGAAUAUAUGCAAAUAUUCACUAUAGCGUUCAAUAAAAUUGCUGAGAAGGGAGGUGUUCUUCAGGUUAGUAAACAUGCGAAGGUGAUUUGUCUAUCGAAGGAUGGUCAAUAUCCUGAAGUAAGUAAAUUGCGACCGAUUUCACUUCUAUCCAACAUUGGAAAAAUCUUCGAGAGAAUUAUUCACGCACGUAUAUUAAAAUGGUGCAAUGAUAAAAAUAUUUUCAUCGACGAACAAUCAGGUUUUACAGCGGAAAGACGAUUGCAAACACGUAUUCUGUCACUAGUGGAAGAUUUAAGACUAACAACAGCGGCGAACAAUAGACCGGCACUAGUUAUCUUUGUUGACUUCAUGUCAGCUUUCGAUAAAAUGUGGCACCCCGCUCUUUUCUCAACUCUUAGUCAACUUGAUUUUCCACUACCUCUUCUAAAAUGGAUUUCUUCUUGGUUGGAAAAUCGAACAAUGUGUAUACAUGUUGGUGAAGCAAUAUCAAAAAAGAUCAAUAUUUUUGUUGGAGCUCCUCAAGGAUCAGUUUUGGCGGCUACGCUUUUUCGUCUUCAUGUUCACUUUCUUCCUUCCUUUUUCAUGAAUAUGGUCUGCCACCUUUUUGCUGAUGAUCUUGCAAUCGUAAUGAAAGGCGCGAUGGAAGAAAAAUUUUCGAAAAAUAUAAUGGCGCUUGAGAAGCAAGCAGAACUGACGAUGAAAAUAUUACAAAAAUAUGCUGAUGAUUACAUACUUCCAGUUAAUAUUAACAAAACAAAGGCCAUGCUCGUUCAUGAUGUAGUAGCUCCAAUGUAUCCUAAAAUUAAAUACAAAGGGAUUGGAAUUGAUUUUGUAAAAAGAUUCAAAUACUUAGGAGUAGAUAUUGCUACUAAACUUGGUUGGGGAAUAUACAUCGACAAUCGUUUGCGAAAAGUCAGAAAAAUUUAUCAUGCGCUACGUUUAUUAUUUAAACAAAUACCGAUAUCUCUAUACAAAUUAAGAAGAAAACUAUUUACUGCAUAUGCUUUACCACAUCUCAAUUGGCUAUUCUCGUGUUGGUUUUUCUUCACUGAAAUUCAACAAAAAAAUAUUGAACAUGUUUAUUGCUCGGGGCUUCGCAUAGUCUAUAAUCUUAAUCAAUGGGAUGAUCUAACUGUAUACAUUUUAACACGAGAAUUCACACUCAAUGACUAUCUAUACAAAUAUUGGUACAAGUUUAAUUUACAUCUAGACAAGUCUCCAGAAGCUCAUCAAUAUCAAUUGACGUUCAAUGAAUAUUUUUAUGUGAAAGUGCCUCAAAGAGCUUGGUAUCUUAGCAUGGGAUUACGAAAAAAUACGAGAUUUCUCGUCCGUUUAUCUAAAAGAGCUAAACAUACCAAAAUUGAUAUGACUAUUGCGCAGAUAAAGUUAUUACCGCUCUAUUUGGUAAGUUCAAUGGAUAAUCGAACAAUUACUUGUAAGAACGGUACAGUCGAUGAAAUGGAAUGUUAUGGCGGCUUUUGUGAAAGUAUAACUGAUGGCACAACAACGUGGGCCCACCAUAGUUGCAAUUAUCCUGGUGAAUUGAGUGUGUUGUCUACAGUGGAGUUAACAAGUAUAACGGCAUUUUUUAACAGAUAUCAACCAGAAAAUCCCGACAGUGACCAUAUUAACAAUGAUAAACUAACUUUGCUAUGCAAUGUGGAUUUGUGCAAUAGUGUUGAAACAAGAAACCGUGGCAAACUUAUUCUUGAUCGAUACAAUUUAGCAGCAUUUGAUUUGAUUAAAAAUGGUACUUCUAUAACAGCAACAACAAUUGAAAUGAUUCCAUCAACGACUACAUCACCGAGUACAUAUAGCACUGCAUCUCCAGAAAUGUCUAACGCUACCACACGAUCUACUACUGAUCUUCCAGCAACACAGUUUCCGACUAGUCAGAACACUUUAACAUCGAGUUUUACGACGCCAGAAACAUCAGAUAACGUUCUGCAAUCAUGGCACAUCGCACUGAUCGUUAUUGGCAGCAUAGUUCUCGCAGCAAUGUUUGCUGUUUCGAUAUAUUUUGCUUAUCGCCAUUUCAAAUAA